CUACUCUGUAGCGUCGGUGUGAUGUCCUCCUUUCAGCAUGGCAUCGUUGGCAUGGUUGGUGGUAGCCCGGAUAGCCGUAGUCCUGCCUAUUUGUCUCUGGUUUGUGUUGGCGGUGUCUGCUAAUGAGAAGAGCAUACCAGUGUGGACCUGGUUGGAUGGCACAACACUUGUCAACCAGCCCAGCACACUAACAGCUGGUAGCCAGUACCCAGGCUGCAGGGCCGAGAGUGGGAUAUGGACGCCUCCAACUGCCGGAGUUGUCUGGAUGUACGGUGGGAGGGAGGGCAGCGGAAUGGCACUCAACGAUCUCUGGCUGUAUGACAUGCCAUCACAGGAAUGGACAAACAUCCAACGAGGGAAAGAGCAAAGCUGGCCCAAACCUCGCUACGGCGCAGCAGUGUGCGGGGUCACAAACUCAUCAGUUGUCGUCUACGGAGGAGCUCAGUCAACGGAAAAUCUCCUAAGCGACACCUGGCUCUACCAUUUGCACAACCAGUCGUGGAUGCUAUUGUCAGACAGCUCGCAGCCUGGUGUAAGAGCCAACAUGGUGCACUGGUGCACCCAUGAUGCCUUGUGGAUUUACGGAGUCACGAGCUCCGACCCUAAUGCUCCACAGACAAUGUGGAAGUUUUCUUUUCAAAGCUUCGAUUGGACGGAAGUCGGUGGUGAUACGGGCAACAGAGGGAGCCCCGAGGAGUUCAGAGACCUUGGACGUUGGAAAACCGCAGCCUGGGUGGUGAAGAACAGUCACUUUUAUAUUUUAGGAAGGAAUCCCCCUCUGGCCAGCAAGUCGUGCCAGGGCAAAACUAGCGAGGUCAAGAACAAGUGCGAUCUGUGGAGGUACUCCAGUUUAUCGAACGAGUGGGAGCAUAUAAGCACGGAUGCCAAAGCUGACAGUGAGUCGGCUGGGGUUGUUGAGCAACCCAGCUGUCUCGCCAGUGCUGCUUUCUGGCCUGAUGCCAGCGGCAACCUCUGGUUGUUGGACAGCAGCAAUGGGACUGACAGCACCUGCGAGGAGACCUCCCAAACCCGAUCCAAUUUGUGGAUGUUGGACCUGAGACUUAUGAGAUGGAUCAGCUUCCAAACCCACAACCCACAAAGCGAGGAUGUCCUUGAGUGGUCGCAGGACACCCACAGCCAGCCCCCACCGCGUGCUUACUGCGCCAGCUGGUCCAGGAACAACACCUAUUACCUAUUUGGAGGGCUCGCCAGGAACGGAUCAGUCGGAGCCCUGAAUGACUUGUGGGAUUUCCAGCUCCUGGAAGUCGAGAGUCUUCAUCCAUCUCCAAUCCAUGCUCUCGCCGUGCCCCCUGUAGCUGUAUUUUUCCUGUCUCUGGGUGCUCUGGGUAUCUUGUCCUUGUUUGUUUUUGCCGUUAUAUUCUUCACCAAGUGCUCUGCGGGGCCUAGAUUAAAACCUCCCAAUCAUUUUGGAGAUAAGAUUCGUUACUCUCCAGUGGAGAUGGAUGAAGUUCUCUUCACGUGAUAUCAGACAUGACAUGAUAUGAGCUACCUAAAACUUAUGCUGGAAGAGAUAACAAAAUGCUUUGUUCUCCCCCAGGGAUGAAUUAAUAUAAAUCACAGGAUCCUUUGGAUGGGGCCGUAUCAUAAGUCCGACGCCUCAUAAGUCCGACGCCUCGUAAGUCCGACGUCGGAAAAACGAAGCGUAC